AUGGCCCUGGAUUUUACGGAUCCCAAGAAUGGGUUUCGGCACAGCGAGGUGGUGAAGUUCAUCAACGAAGAGAUCCUUAGUAACGGUGGCCUAAACUUCUUCCUGGCCCUCCAUUCGAGGCCUUGGAGCGAGGUGGAGGAUCGGCUCCAGGCCCUCCUGGCCGACCAGCAGAUACCGCACGCCAUCAAGAGGGCGUGCACCUGGAGCGCGCUGGCCCUGAAUGUGCGCCUGGCCGCCCGCCAGCGCGAGCAUCAUAGGCAACGCAUGCGGCGGUUACAGGAACACCUCGUCCAGCGCGAGGCAGCCGCUGCGGUCAUGGCCUCAGAGCUACGGUCGCUGCGUCAGGAGCAUGAGGAGAUGGCCUUGCGCUUGCGCAGUACGAGCGACUCGCUGCAGCAGGCCCUGGAGGAGCAUGAUGUGCUUCGCCAGCGGCUGCUCCAGGUCGAGAGGGCGGCCCCGGCCAGUUCUCACGACUUGACUGGGUCACCAACCUAUCAGCCUGAGGCAGAGGGGUGUCCCCAGGACAACCAGAAGCAAGACAUAAAGGUCAGGAUCGCCCAAAGCAGGGUGUAUGCUGAGUCUCAGAAGGAGUGGGAGGAGAAGGAAACCUGUGCUGGUACAUUUUUCAGACCAGGACAACCGAGUCCCUGGGCCCCGGCCAUCCAGCCCACUGUGAUAAAUCCUCAUUCACAGUUAUUUCCUUACCACAUCCCAUUCCCGGAUGGGUUCCCUUACUCACCAUCUCCACUUCCAAUUGUCAUGAAGACAGAAACAGAAGUCUCACCCCCUGUGCCUUUUGGGGGCAUCUACAACCCUACUCUAUGGGCUGCACUGGAGUCUCAGGAGGAGAUGGUCUCUGGGUGGGACCAGAUAAACCAAGGCAAGGUGCAAGGUACCGUGAAGCCCACCUUCAUACAGCCUUUUGAGAGCUACUGGAGCCAGGGAGAUCCAGUGAAAGACAACCAUGAGGAGAAGACCUGGCCACCGAAAGGUAAGAUUACAGCAACUGGAGCUACCUGCCCCCAGGAGUCCUGA